GCCAGAUAUCAUAGCAACAAGGUUGUUGAGGGGUAUUUAAGCAUCAUUGAUGGCUUGCAGAUGGCUAAAAAAUCUCUAACUUCUUUCAUCAAAGAGAUUGUUCAAUCCACUUCUAUAAAAUCACCGCGGCAAGAUAUUCACUCAUUGGGUUCUAGUUUCAUGUGAUCCUCUCAUUCACUACUUCUCCUGCCUCCCUUCCUCAAAGCUUUUGUCUGCUGCUAUGGAGAGCAUGGAGAGUGUCAAGCUUGUGCUGCAGCCGCAUCGUCCCAGAAUUUUCUUUCGGCCUUACUUGUUGUUGAUGAUCUUCUGCCUCAUAUUCCUGCAGUUACAUCCAUGUCUUUCAGGAGACACCAUCUCUGCAGGCCACUCUAUAGCAGGAAAUCAAACAAUCACCUCUAAAGGUGGGAUCUUUCAAUUGGGUUACUUCUUUCGUGGCAGUCCAGCCAGAUACUAUAUAGGCAUAUGGUACACGGAGGUCAAGGAUGAGGAUGACAACGUGGUGUGGGUGGCCAACAGAGACACGCCUCUCCAAAACAACAUAGCGGAAUUGAAGAUCUCAGAAGAUGGUAGCAGCUUGGUCAUUCAGACUAAAUCUGGCUCCCUGAUCUGGUCGACAAACUCGACACCAACUCCAUCAUCUCACCCUGCAGCAAGAGUUGCUGUUCUUCAGAACAAUGGCAAUCUUGCUCUGAUGGAUGGAAAUUCUUCCAGCGCCGCUGCUGUAUGGGAGAGUUUCGACCAUCCCACCGACACUUUUUUGCCUGGUGGAAGACUGGGAAGAAACAAUGUCACCAAGCAAGACAUAGCGAUCACCUCAUGGAAGAACAAAGAUGACCCUUCUUCUGGUUUUUACUCGCAGAAAAUUAAUCCAGACGGACAGCUCGAGCUCCCGUUGUACUGGAAUAACACCUACGCGUACUGGACCACAGGGGUUUGGAAUGGCCAGUUCUUUACUGGGAUACCUGAAAUGAGAAGCAUCAACUACCUCUACAACUCCAGCUUUGUCAAGACCAACGAUGGUAGCUAUUACACCUACAUGCUCCAUGACAGCACGAUGCUGACAAAGACUAAGAUACAUGCCAAUGGGCAGAUCAAGCAAGAAACGUGGCAGAGAGCGACACAAACCUGGAGCGCUUUCUGGACUCAGCCCAUACAUCAGUGUGACAUCUAUGCUCUGUGCGGACCAUUCGGAGUUUGCAACAAUCAGGUUGACCAGAACAUCUGCGAGUGCUUGGAUGGGUUCAACCCUGCAUCUGCUCAAGAAUGGGAAUCGAAUGUUUGGUCGGGAGGAUGCACAAGGAAGAACGGAUUGCAGUGUGAAGGUGAUGGGUUCAUUUCGUUAUCAGUUAAAAGUUCAAGUAAUCACUCGGAUAGUGCGACGAUCAGCGGAGGUGCCGAGGGUUGCCGACUGGCUUGCUUGGGAAACUGCUCCUGCACAGCUUAUUCUUAUCAAGAUGGUACGUGUUCCACAUGGAAAGGCGGUCUGCUGAACCUCGUGAAAGAAACUACUGGUGGUACUGCAGUGCACAGUGCACUUGUUCGGGUCCCGAUUAGUCCCGGAAGCUCAGGUGGAGGAAAGAAACACUCACGAUCAGUUAUAAUCGUGGUUACGGUUACUUCGCUCGUAAUUCUUCUUGCUGCUGCCGGAUCUUGUUAUUUCUGGAAGUCGAAGGGCAAAAAUGCAGGCGCACGAAAGCAGGGGCAUGCUUCCCGUCUGCAUCAAGAAGCAAGGAAAGAAAACGGAGGCCCCGACCUGCCAUUUUAUAGGUUAAGAUAUAUCAUGGCAGCAACCGACAACUUUUCAGAAUCGAAUAAGCUUGGACAGGGAGGGUUUGGCCCAGUUUACAGAGGCGAGCUCCAAGGAGGACAAGAAGUAGCUAUCAAGAGGCUGUCCAGGGGUUCAAAGCAGGGUCUUGAUGAGUUCACGAAUGAAGUGAAAUUAAUAGCAAAGCUUCAGCAUGUAAAUCUGGUUCAGCUGCUAGGGUGCUGCGCUGAAGGAGAAGAGCGGAUUCUGAUCUAUGAAUACAUGCCCAACAAAAGCCUGGAUCAUUUCCUUUUCGAUCCAAUUCUGCGCAAGCAACUGGAUUGGGACAAACGCUUGGAAAUAGUGACAGGCAUUGCUCGUGGGCUUCAGUACCUCCACCAAGAAUCAAGAUUGAAAGUGAUACACAGAGACCUCAAGGCUAGCAACAUUUUGCUGGAUUCCGCGCUGAAUCCCAGGAUUUCAGACUUCGGACUUGCCAGGAUUUUUGGUGAUGAACAGAGUCAUAUCAGUACCAAUAAAGUUGCAGGGACCUGUGGAUACAUGCCACCAGAAUAUGCAAUGGAGGGACGUUACUCUACCAAAUCUGAUGUCUUCAGUUUCGGGGUCAUAGUCCUGGAGAUCGUGAGUGGGCUGAAGAUGACAAGCUUCCGCAAUGAGGAAUACUCCCUUAACCUUCUUGGUCAUGCAUGGAAGCUAUGGAACGAGGAUAAGGUUCCGGAAUUUCUUGACCGUUCUCUGGGAACGCCACAAAAGUUGGAUCAGGUGUUGAAGUGCAUCAAUGUGGGGCUGCUCUGUGUCCAAGAAGAUGCAGCAGAGCGUCCAACUAUGUCCUCCGCCGUUCUCAUGCUCAGCAAUGAUUCUGCGAACCUGGCCUCACCUAAGAAACCAGCUUAUUCUCACAAGGCCAGGUCUCCUGAUGGAGGCUCCACUCCUGUAGAAAAUGUGCUUGGAAAUUCUUCAACAAAUGAUAUCACUAUCUCAGUAUUGCAACCACGGUGAAUGUGUUGGACCUUCGGCCAUGUUUAGUGUACUCCAACGCUUCUUGGUGCUACUAAGGUCAUGAGAAAGACUGAAUUUUAUGUCUUCACUUUUCUUAUGCCACUGUAUUUUAUGUCUUCACUUUUCUUAUGUCAAAGUGGGGUUGCUCUUUCCGGGUGCAUCUUAUGUGAUGGGGAGAUCCACCAGGAAUGUGAACUUCAACUUCACAGGGUGAACGUUCGUUUCAUUCUCUGUGUUAGUGUUGAAAUUUGAAAAUAUAAUAUGAAUAUGCAUUGUUUA